UCCUUCAGUUUCUGCCACGUCUACCGCGGUCACCAUGUCGCAGACCCGGCUUACUACUGUGCUGGGUACCAUGGAGAUGGGGCGCCGCAUGGACGUGACCUCCAGCGCUGCUUCGGUGCGCGCCUUCCUGGAGCGCGGCUACACCGAGAUAGACACCGCCUUCGUGUAUGUGGACGGGCAGACUGAGACUAUCCUAGGCGGCCUGGGGCUCGGGCUGGGCCAGAGUGGCUGCAAAGUGAAAAUUGCCACAAAGUCUGUUCCCACUGUUGGGACUUCAAAUCGUCUUGACAAUAUCCGGUUCCAGCUGGAGACGUCACUGAAGCGGCUGCAGUGUCCCCGGGUGGACCUCUUCUACUUACACAUACCAGACCACAGCACUCCCAUAGAGGAGACACUGCAGGUCUGCAACCAGCUGCAUCAGGAGGGCAAGUUUGUGGAGUUUGGCCUGUCCAACUAUGCCUCCUGGGAAGUGGCUGAGAUCUGUACCCUGUGCAAGAAAAAUGGCUGGAUCAUGCCAACUGUGUACCAGGGCAUGUACAACGCCACCACCAGGCAGGUGGAGAAGGAGCUCCUCCCCUGCCUCAGACACUUUGGACUGAGGUUCUACGCCUUCAACCCUUUGGCUGGGGGCCUGCUGACUGGCAGAUAUAAAUACCAAGACAAGGACACAGAGCAGCCUGAGAGUCGAUUCUUUGGGAAUCAGUUUUCUCAGAUAAACAUGGACCGCUACUGGAAGGAGGAACACUUCAAAGGCAUCGCCUUGGUGGAGAAGGCCCUGAAGGCCACCUAUGGCACUGGCGCCCCCAGCAUGACCUCGGCUGCCCUGCGCUGGAUGUACCACCAUUCACAGCUCCAGGGCGCCUAUGGCGAUGCAGUCAUCCUGGGCAUGUCCAGUCUGGAGCAAUUACAGCAGAACUUGGCCUUGAUUGAGGAGGGGCCCCUGGAGCCAGCUGUCGUGGAAGCCUUCGACCAAGCCUGGGACCUGACUGCCCAUGAUUGUCCCAACUACUUCCGCUAAGCUGGAUCUGAGUUGACAAGUGCUGAGGUUACCA